GUCCCACUCUUCCUUCAAAUUCUCGUCAACCUUCCACACUUAAUAGGAAAAGAAAAAAAAAAAAAAAAAGUAAGCCCAGCUUUGUUCUGCUUCAAUUCUCUAACAAUGGCGAUGGCUUUCAAAAUGGCGACUACUGGGAUGUGGGUUACGGAUGAGUGCAAGAACUCAUUCAUGGAAAUGAAGUGGAAGAAGGUGCACAGAUACAUAGUCUUCAAGAUCGAUGAGAAGUCAAGGCUUGUCACCGUUGAUAAGGUCGGUGGUCCCGGCGAGAGCUAUGGUGAUCUCGCUGCCUCCUUGCCCGACGAUGAUUGCAGAUAUGCUGUUUUCGACUUUGAUUUUGUCACCGUUGAUAACUGCCGCAAGAGCAAGAUCUUCUUCAUUGCAUGGUCUCCAACAGCAUCAAGGAUAAGAGCAAAGAUGCUCUACGCAACAUCGAAGGAUGGGCUGAGAAGAGCUCUGGAUGGAAUAAGCUAUGAAGUUCAGGCCACUGAUCCAACCGAGAUGGGAUUCGAUGUAAUUCAAGACAGAGCCAAAUAGAUGGAUGCCCCCUUUUUUUAAAGUGGGAAUCCAACUCCUUAUUUAUGUGCUGAGCUAAUCAAUUAAUCUGUCAAUCUUACUCUCUCUCUCUCUUUAUUUGCUAUAUAUAAAUUAAGUAACCAUAUAUAGUCCAAUGACUGUAUGACAUGUGCUAUCUCUUCUUCUUUCUUGUUUUUAUGCUAGUUUAAUUGUGUUUGAUGUAAGUGGGGCAUCUAAUCUUCAAUCCUUACUCAUAAUAAUAAGUUAUGUGUAAUAUA